AUGAUCAUCCUCGCCAUCGUACAACUUGCGAAAGAUGGGGCGGAAAUAAUCCCUCCACCAGCGGAAUUUCAUGGAUUCGGUUCGCUAUUCGGAGUUACUGUCUAUGCAUUCAUGUGUCACCACAGUAUCCCAUCUCUCGUUACGCCAAUGAGUACAAAAUCGCGCGUCUUCGUAAAGAUCCUUGGGGUCUACAUCCUCGUGCUCGCCUUCUAUGUGACGCUUUCAAUGACUGGUUCAUUUGCCUUCGAAGAUGUAAAGGUAUGUAGUAAGGGUUCUGAGGAUAUCUGGACACAAGAUUUUCAUAUAUUAUUGUGGAACGCCGUAGUCGCCCACUCAGGUGAAGUGUUAGGUAUGGAUGUCUAUACAUUGAAUUUCUUGAGAGAAGACUUCUCGAAUGUUUGGCAAAUUAUUGUUCACUACUUCCUAGCAUUAUUCCCUGUGUUUGUGAUUACGACAAACUACCCUAUUAUUGGCUGUACGCUUAUAAACAAUGUACGAGUACUACGUGAUCUGAUAUUAUCCAGAACUAAUGCGAAGUUCGUAGACUUACUUUAUCGCUGCUUGCAACCAAAUGGCGACACAUUGAUUUGCCUAUUUAGAGUGUUCACAGAAGAGCAAACAGAAUCAAAUAAACGUAAGCGAAGCAAAUCGUUCCUCCUGAUUUCCGACAUUAUUAUAUAUGUUAUGGUGAUAGGAUUCGCAACAGUUAUCAGCAUAUUAACCGAUGAUGUGCUUUUGCUAACAACCAUAAUAGGGUCUUAUCCAGGCGUCGGCGUGCAAUUCCUGGUACCGUGUCUGCUUAUUGUUUAUUCUCGCAAAUAUGUAAAAAGACUUAACCUUGAUGUACCGUACAAAUACUCAAGUCCUUUUGGUUCCAUAUAUUGGGUCAUAGCAAUCUUUGUUUGGGCAUUAUUCGCUAUUGUUAUGGUUACCCUGAAGUUGAUUGAAAAGCAAGCCUCCACACCACCAAGUUGGAAAGCAAAGGACAGCAUCUCCAAAGUGGCGCCACACAAAGUUUCUGGCCUUAGAUGUAUUUUCUCGUAUUAUAGCAUCCAUGUAAGGAAGUUCUCUUGUAACGUCUGUUCACAUAAUAAAGAUCGAAUGCGAUAACU